CGUCGCCCUGCAUCCGCGCGCCCGUGGAAACUCCAUACUCGAGCAACAGUCAGCCGUAAAUGUCAUCAAUACCAACCCCAAAUCUGUCCCAUCGUCAAUGGUAGAAGUCAUUCGCCAUCCGUCAUCUACGGCCAAAUCCCCAUUUCUUCAAUCGAUUGAUACAAACCUCCAAACUACGAUUAACUAGCUUCCCUCUACGACUUACGAAAACUCUCCCGUGUCGUCCGCACCGAUGCCAUCCGCGAUGAGCGACGCCAACGGCACCGUCGCGACCCGCGACGUCAAGGCCGAAGGUCAAGAGACCGAAGACGAGGAGAAUGGAGAGGGAAAGGCGACAUACAAGUCAUGGAAGAAGAAGUAUCGCAAGAUGCGCAUCACUUUUGAUCAAAAGAUGCACGACUGCGAGGAAUUGCAUCGCCAAGAGUCCCUGGCACUUGCCACUGCGAAGCGCAUCGCCAUCGAGAAUGAUCGUAUACUCGAUCUGCUGCUCGACAUGAACUCCUCGGCACAGCUGCCCUUUGACAAGCGCUUCGAUAUCUCACAAGACCCGCCCGAAGACACGUCGUUCCCACCUCUUGACGUCGAUAAGUCUGGAAAGAAGCCCGAUGAACCUACCAAGUCGUUGGACACACUCCUCAAGGAGGUACCGCAUUAUACCUACUCCCAAGCAAAGGAGCAGGACCCCACCGUCGUGGCCGACAUGGAACCGUUCUCCGGCGAGCCUCACCCUCCUUCGUUCCUGACGGCCGACGACAUUGACGACUACAUCCACGACGUGGACCGACGUAUCGACCCCGAUAACCUCCUCCCGACGCUGGCCCCGGUCGCCCGCAGCAACGCUCCUCUUCCGGAGACCAACCCGCACGCCCUUUCUCAGACGAUUGCGAUGAAGAAUCCCACGAGUGUCUACAAUUGGCUCCGUAAGCACGCGCCAAAGACCUUCCUACAGGAUGCCGAAAACGCCGCACCCGCCGGAGACGAAGAAGCAGCCGAGGCACCUCCGACAGAUGGCCGGAGGCGACGCGGCGGCGGCGCGUCAAGGGGCGAGACUCGGGGUGGUCGCGGAUCACGAGGCGGUAAACGUGCCUCGCUCGCCGCCGUACGAGCCGAGAAAGCCGCGCAGCGAGCCGCGGAGAAGGCGGCCGCGGCGGCCGAAAGGGCAGCUGCCCUGCGGCGCGACGCGGAUAGCUACGACCACAGUAUGGACGAGGCCGACUCGGACGGUCCCAGCUUCGCGACGCCGGCCACGGGUCGGGGCAAGAGAAAGCGCGCCGGCAGAGACGAUGACGACGGAUACCGACCCCGAGGCUCGAGCAGCAGGCCGACUAAGAAGAAGCGCAAGAGCGAGAGCGCCGACGUAAGCACCCCGACCGUGUCCAAGAGAGGCCGCAAGAGCGAGCUCUCCCGCGACAGAGACGACUAGAAGCUGCGUCGAUGUAAAUUGCCAGGUUGGUCGUCGGAUGACUGAUCGAUAUUCUUUUCUUUUUUUGGGAGGCCAACCGAGAUAUCACAAGCCAUCAGGCUGGAAUGCUUUAGAUGUCAUGAUUGAGAUGGCCCUGUAUGCUGUGGCCCUGGUCGGGCAGCUGAGAGUCAAAUCAGCACAAGAAAAACUUUUCUUUUCCUAGACUUGUACACUACAUCAUGCAUCGACGGAUCUCCUUUUCAUCAUUUUCCUUUGACCUGUUGGUCUUUCCCCCGCCCAUCUAGCGUGGGGGCCUCAUGAGCAAUGGAUGUGGACAGGCUCAAGAGGAAAGACAGUGAGGACGAAACGGAGAGAGAGCUGGGGCGCUGAAGCUCAAGGAAACGGCGCAACGGGAUUUCUUAACCGGAUCCAGAUUGGGAUGGGCAAAAUUAGGGAGUAGCAAUGGUACAUCGUCUUUCCUUCUUACAUUGCUCUCUGAAAAUGCACUGCUGAAUACCAAAUAUCUUUUGAGAUGAGGGAUCUCUAUUCCAUUGCGGAGGGCGGAGAUGGCGAGAUAGCUCACAACUCACUCA